UUCUGAGGAAGCUAAGGCUGUGUUGGGGUGAGGCCCUCACUUCAUCUGGUGACCAGCAAUGUGCCAGCAGGGCCCACUCCACACUUGUGGCAUUAUGGCUUCUGUCUCCAAGCUCAGCUGCAUCAUCUACCUGGACCUCAUGCUGCACAAUGAUGAUGAGGUGACCAUCACAGAGCAUAAGACCAAGGCGCUCAGGAAAGCAGCUGGUGUAAAUGUGGAACGUUUUUCGCCUGGCUUGUUGGCAAAGGCCCAGGCCAAUGUCAACAUCGGGAGCCUCAUCUGCAAUGCAGGGGCUGGAGGACCUGCUCUAGGAGGUGGUACUGCACCUGUAGGAGGUCCUGCCCCCUGCACCACUGCUGAGAAGUAAGUGGAAGCAAAGAGAAUCUGAGGCGUCUGAUGAGGACACGGGCUUUGGUCUUUUUGAUGAAAUCUCUUUUGUAAUA